AUGUCCCGACGCAAGCAAGCCAAGCCGCAGCACCUCAAGUCGGACGAGGAUCCCGCACUAGCCGAGGUGAUAUCCGAGCACGCCCGAGGUGAAGUGCUGGAGGAUGCUGACAGCGGGAAUGAGAGCCGCAGUGGCAGUGAAGAGACCCAUGUAUGUGAGAAGUGUUGUGCCGAGUUCUUCAAGUGGUCAGACUUCUGUGAACAUUUAACAAGCUGCACCAAGAACCCACUGGUGCUCAUAGUAAAUGACAAUGAGGAGACUCCUAACCCCUCCCAGGAGUAUCCCACAGAGCCCUCCCCUGUACCCAGCUGCCCUAGUGAACAGGCUGACAGCGAGGACCCCAGGGAGGGUAACCACAGUCCUGCCGGUGAGGGGGAUGAUGUCCCAGAGACAGCAACCUUAAAUGGGGUCAAUGUCCUAGAAAAGGACGAUGAGCAGAUGGAGCUGGAGCUUUCUCCUGAAAAAAUCAUGGAUCCUGAAGAGAGAGAUGUGACAUCUCCUGAGCCAGACGGCUCGCUACCUCAGCUCAAUGAUGUCGUCCCCUCCACUGUUACAAGUUACGCCAUGCCAAGCACUAAUGUUACCUUGGAGACUCUGCAUGGCACCCGGGUCGCAGUUGCCCAGUUUUCACAGAGUGUGAGGGCGGCAGCAGGCAGUGGGGCUUCCACCAUGGCUAUUCCCAUGAUCCUGGACCAGCUGAUGGCCCUCCAGCAGCAGCAGAUACACCAGCUGCAGCUGAUAGAACAAAUACGCAGUCAAGUGGCUCUGAUGAACAGACAGCCUGCCUCACAGCCUGCACUCAACCACCAUCACAGCACGGCUGCUGGAAACCAGGGGCCUGUAUCUUCCUGUGUCCCCCCUGUCGCAAGUCAGCUUCAGCUACACAACUUCAUCACUCCCCCUGUCCAUCAGCUUCCUGUUAGGUUGCCAGCCACACUCAACAGCCAAGGUCCUUCACCUCUGACCUCAGCAAUAGAAGGACCUCUCUCUCAAACACCACAAAGUAGCAGUCAGCAGUCUAACCCUUCAAUUCCCAACACAUCCUCAAAUAAUUCAGUGUUUCCUCCGCCCACUGGCUCUGGCUUGUCAUCUCUACUUCCCUCCUGCUCAUCCUCAGUCACGAACAACAACAUUAGCACGAGUAGUAGUGUAAUAGGAAGUGGUGGCAUUAGCAGCAGCUCAGCUCUUCCCAGGAACUCCACCACCCCUCCAUCACUCAGCCACAACAGCCUCCUGAGCUCUGCCUCCAGUCUACCACUGAUACCUCACAGCUCGUCGAGCAGCGUUAUCUUCCCCAACCCACUGGCCAGUAUAGCAGCCACAGCCAAUGCGCUCGACCCCCUCUCUGCUCUGAUGAAGCAUCGCAAGGGGAAGCCCCCAAAUGUGUCUGUGUUUGACACUAAGCCGAGCUCUGAGGAUCCCUUCUUCAAGCAUAAGUGUCGGUUCUGUGCCAAGGUGUUUGGCAGUGACAGCGCCCUACAGAUCCACCUGCGUUCGCACACUGGAGAGCGGCCCUACAAGUGCAACAUAUGUGGUAACCGUUUCUCCACCAAGGGGAAUCUUAAAGUCCACUUCCAGAGGCACAAAGAGAAAUACCCACAUAUUCAGAUGAAUCCUUACCCUGUGCCAGAGUAUCUUGACAAUGUGCCCACAAGCUCAGGCAUCCCAUAUGGUAUGUCUUUGCCCCCAGAAAAACCUGUCACCACAUGGUUAGACAGCAAACCGGUCCUCCCUACUGUUCCCACCUCAGUCGGGCUCCAGCUACCUCCCACACUGCCUAGUAUGAUGGGGGGUUUUGGUGAGUCUCCAAACCUCACUCCACUCAACAGGUCCCCUCAGAGGCCCUCUCCACCCUCAAGUGAAUGUGCAUCUUUGUCCCCUAAUAUCAUAAUUGACUCUGGCAUGACCACUACUUCACCUUCUCCAAAACCCAGCCUAGGGAUGGACGCACCUCCUCACUUGAAGCCUGAAGGUGUUCUUCUGCCCCCAAGCUGCUCUACUCAGCUAGGGGAGAACACCACCACCACACCUACAGUAACUCAAGUGGUCCUUUCCACUACCACCACAUCGUCCUGCAGUGCCCAAGUCACUGAGCCCAUCACUAGCCCCAACUCCAUUUCCAACCCAGUCUCCCAUCCUGUCCUCCCCAUGCUUUCAGACCAAUUUAAGGCCAAGUUUCCCUUUGGAGGCCUCCUAGACUCUAUGCAAACCUCAGAGACGUCAAAGUUGCAGCAGCUUGUCGAGAACAUUGACAAGAAGAUGACUGACCCCAACCAAUGUGUCAUCUGCCAUCGUGUUCUGAGCUGCCAGAGCGCCCUGAAGAUGCACUAUCGCAUCCACACUGGCGAGAGGCCUUUCAAAUGCAAGAUAUGUGGGCGGGCAUUCACCACCAAAGGAAAUCUGAAAACACACUUUGGUGUCCAUAGGUCCAAACCCCCGCUUCGAGUCCAGCACUCGUGCCCUAUAUGUCAGAAGAAGUUCACUAAUGCUGUUGUGCUGCAGCAGCACAUCCGUAUGCACAUGGGAGGACAGAUCCCCAACACUCCAAUCCCUGAAAGCCUCCAAGAGAUGGACAUUGACCCCUCCUUUGAUGAGAAGAGUUUAGAUGCGAUGAGUAAUUAUGAUGAUGACCUUCUGGAUGAAAUGGAACAGGCUAUGGAUGAUGAAGUUGACUUAAAAGAGGGAGAAGUGGACCCAUGUAAACCUUAUUCACCUGGGAGUUCCCCACCAACUUCGAUCAUCUCCAGCAUCGCUGCUAUGGAGAACCAGAUGAAGAUGAUUGACUCCACUGCCAACAUGGCCCGUUCAUUUGGUCAAAAGCCCAUGCUAAAUGGCAGCAGCUUUGGAGGAGAGACUGAUUGCUUUACCACUGACUCCUUGUCUGCAAUGGGGGAUGCUGAAGGUCAAAGCUUGGGCAGCCCUGCUUUGUCUGAGUCCUCUGACUCUUUGCAGCAUUUGUCCCCAGUUCACAGCCAUUCUGAGAGCCAGCGAUCCAAGUCCCCAGCUACACUCAACAAUAAUAACAGCAGUGCCAUGACAGCAGAAGAGGGCCAAGAGAACAAUACAGCAGGCUUGACAACAGUUAAGUCGGAAAAAUCAGAGACCCCAUCUCCGCUUUCUGCAACUGAAGGCACUGGGGCCCUUGACCUGACCGCCACUCAACCUGGCAGGCACUUUAUCAAGGAGGAGAGCCACUUCAACAUGCUGUUUCUAAACAGAGAUCGAGGUCUAAACCCUCCAAAUUUGGCCAGCACUGCGUCAAACAUGAUCAAAAUGGAGAUGAAUGGACACGGCAAGUCAGUGUCCCUGAGCGACAACUCUCACCUGCCUGUGGGCAUCCAGGUUCCUGCUGCAGCGCCCCAGACCACCAUGAGCCCCAGCAUCAACCCCAUGUUGGCUCCCCCGCCCCCACGACGCACUCCGAAGCAGCACAACUGCCACUCAUGUGGGAAGAAUUUUUCUUCAGCCAGCGCUCUGCAAAUCCAUGAGCGUACACACACUGGGGAAAAACCUUUUGCCUGCUCCAUUUGUGGAAGGGCUUUCACCACAAAGGGCAACCUGAAGGUUCACAUGGGAACACACAUGUGGAACAACGCUCCAGCCCGAAGGGGUCGGCGACUGUCCGUGGAGAAUCCCAUGGCCCUGCUGGGUGGGGACGCCAUGAAGUUCAGCGAGAUGUUUCAGAAGGAUCUGGCCGCUCGGGCCAUGAAUGUUGACCCUGGUUUUUGGAACCAGUAUGCAGCCGCUAUCACCAACGGCCUGGCCAUGAAAAACAAUGAGAUCUCAGUGAUCCAGAAUGGAGGAAUCACCCAGCUUCCUGUCAGCCUCGGUGGUGCAGGAAUCACUUCAUUGGGAGCCAUGCCUGGAGGAAUGGACCGUGUUCACACUGGCAGCAGCCCUCCUAUGUCUGGUAUGGAGAAAGCUGGUCUGGAGGUUGGGGCCAGCCGCCCUUUCUCCAGGUUUAUGGAGGAGAACAAAGAGAUUGGGAUCAAUUAA